AUGCGUAUUCACCCCACCUUCCAUGUGUCACAUCUUAAACCAGUCCACCACUCCAACCUGUGCCCUCCCUCCGAACCCCCUCCACCUGCCCGGCUUAUUGAAGGACAUCCAGCCUAUACAGUCCGCCGCCUUCUGGAUUCUAGACGCCGGGGCCGGGGCCUCCAAUACCUGGUUGACUGGGAGGGCUAUGGUCCAAAGGAACGCUCCUGGGUUCCACACUCAGCCAUUCUGGACCCCAACCUCAUCAAGCAGUUUCACAGAGACUACCCUGACAAACCAGGUGGACAUAUCUUACACAGAAAGCCCUCCGCGCUCUCGUCGUUGCCUGCUACGCGGCGUUGCUAUGCCUACCCCGCUCUGCUGCAAUUCAUCACGGGUAACGUCGUGCGGAAGCCAGCCGCGGUGAUGCUACCCAGAAUUACACGUCCCGUUUCUCUGCUGUUACUCAUUAGCGUGUUCGAAAUCGUUGAUGCUCAGGAUGGAUGGGGUGUGACUUACACUCAGAAAUCUAUCUGUGCUCUAAAGGGAUCUACAGUGAUCAUGGACUGCACUUACACAUACCCACCUGGUUACACAGUUCAAACAGCUUUCUGGAGUAAAGAGCGGCUUGGAGAAGGUAUAGAGCCUCCUGAUCUGGCUUCAGACCCGGAGUACAGAGAUCCUCCAAAAAACGUCUCAGUGUCCGUCAGUCCUUCAGGUGAAAUAAUGGAGGGAAGUUCAGUAACUCUGACCUGCAGCAGUGAUGCUAAACCAGCCGCCUCGUAUCAGUGGUAUAAAGGAACGAGCUACAAAGCAACAGGAGAAACGUUUACAAUCCACAAGAUCAGAUCUGAUGAGAGUGGAGAUUAUAAAUGUCUGGCCAGGAAUAAACACAGAGAUCAGUACUCCACUGCUGUAAAUAUUGAUGUUCACUAUCCUCCGAGGAGCGUCUCGGUGUCUGUCAAACCUUCAGGUGAAAUAACGGAGGGCAGUUCGGUGACUCUGACCUGCAGCACUGAUGCUAACCCCCCUGUGGAGAACUACAUCUGGUUUAAAGAACAAACCUAUAAAGGAAGUGGAGAAACCCUCACUGUUAGGAACAUCAGCUCUGAGGAUGGUGGAGAGUACAAGUGCAAGUGCAGCUAUAAGAACCAGUUUAAAUACUCUGAUCCUGUAGCUGUAAAGGUUUUGUAUCCUCCUAAAAGAGUCUUGGUGUCCGUCAGUUCCUCUGCUGAACCUGAUCAGAGCGGUUUAGUGAAUCUGACCAGAAGCGCUGAUGCUGACCCCCCUGUGGAGAGCUACGUCUGGUAUAAAGAAGGUGGAAGCUCAGCUGUAGGAUCUGGACAGAGUUACGGCGCUCGGCAGGGAUUUUCCAUGACUGAUGCUGAUGCUGAUACGUACGCAGCUCUCGAUCCAUCAUCCAGGUCCUCCAACAAUGAGUACGGCACUCUGACACCACUGAACACGCCGUCCUCCUCAAGAACCUUCGAUAAAACAGAUUUGAACUUUACAUGUUUUGAAGACGGUGAGAAACCAGAACUGAUGGUGGAUGUCGACACGUGA